AUGCAAAAUGGCAGCAGCGGCGUCAACGAAGCUGCCGCGAGAGGGGAGGUGAGAGUCGCCAUUACACCCACCUUGGGCAGGAGAGAGCCCUCGCUCCGUAAGGCGCAGCCCUCUGUUUCCUGUUCCACCCCAUAACAGUCUCCCAUAACAAACUGCCGUUUGUUGCCUACUUGGAGCCUUAGCUUGUUUUAACAACUGGCAGCAUGCGGAGAAGUAGAAAUGGGAGUGCUUCUGUGCAUGUGCAGAGUGGAAUGCUUCCCGCUUGCCUUCUGUGCAUAGGUGUUUUAAACUUAGAAGGGAAGGAGCAUUACAAUGGGGAGGCGGAGGGAUUCUGGGCGUAACAUUAUUAUGGACCAAAACAAAUAAAAGUCAUUUUGGCUGUGUGAAAGAGGGAGUGAAAGAGACUAUUUUUUAAAACUUCAUGCUGCACUUCAAACAAAUUGAUCACCGAAAUCAUAUUAACAGUUACUAACAGAGAUUAAAUCUUUAUAGAAAAACGUGUUGGCUUCCGGCUGACGAAGGCAGAAGCUGAAACAGCUUGCUUUAAAGAAUUAGGCUGCAAGCCUAACUCUACAUACCUGAAAGUAAAACCCAUUGAAUUCAAUAGGACUUACUUCUGGGUUGACAUGAUUAAGAGUACACUGUUAAUCUGUUUUGUUAGUUCUUAUAUACUGGGUUGCACAUUGUCCAAGAAUAUAUAGCCUAGCCAUUUAAUAUAUAGCCUAACCAUUUAUAUCCACUUUGUUAUGCAUGAUGCCAGGCUAGCCAGCCUGGUGCCCUCGAGAAGUCCCCUACCACCAAUGUAUAUAGCCCUUAAAAAUAAGCCUAGUUUAUAGGAAUGUGAAAUAUUAAUCUCAACCUUUGUAUAAUGUGGGUUUUGAUUUUUUUCUAUUUAUGACUAAUUCAUAUGCUGUAAAUUCUUGUUUUUACUCUUAAUUUAAAUAAAAGAUUUUUAAAAAUAACAAAUCCAGUGAAAUACAGCAUAUGAAUUAGUCAUAAAUAGGGGGGACGGACCCAAAGAUAGGUAGUGUGCUCCUUUCAUUAAACUUGGUGCAAUCCUGGGUGAAGUUUUGUUGUUGUCAUUCUAGGGUGAAAAGGGAGGCUACCAGUUUUGUUUUCAGAAUUUCAGAUACCUUAUAUAUAUGGGGGAGGGGGGGAGUAUCGUGUUUUCAGCAACAGUUCCUGAACUUCACUUAAAAAUGUGACUUAGAAUGUACGAAAGAAUGGCAUACAUUCUUACUGAAAAGUAAAAUAAUAUUCAGCACUUCAUCUCAAUAAUUUUGGAAGUAGAAGGUUGCCAGACUUUUUUUUUUUAAAUCAAUGGCUUAACACAGAAAUUUAAUUACUGGGGCAUUUCAGACCACUGACAACCUUGUUGCUAACAGCUUUACCUGCUUCUGCAUAUCAGGCAGAAGUUGAAAAUAAAGGAACUGGGCCAGGAUAGAGCAAUGUUAACCUUAGUCAGACGUGAUCAUCUCCCCACAAUCCACUACAUAUUGAUGCAGAUUAAAUGUACGUACUAUUUCAUAGAAGCAUACAAUUGUACCGUUGGACGGGACCAUGAGGAUCAUCUAGAAUCUUUUGCCCAAUGUGGGGCUUUAAUCCAUGACCCUCAGAUUUAGAGUCCCAUGCUCUACCGACUGAGCUAUCCACUGCAUCAGAAAUGAAUACUGAACAUUAAGAAUGUAAUAAGAGCCUGCUGGAUCAGGCCAGUGGCCCAUUGAGUCCACUCACAGUGGUCACCCAGAUGUCUGUGGGAAACCACCAAGCAGGACCCGAGCACAACAGCACACCCUACUCCUGUAGUUUCCAAUGAUUAAUAUUCAGAAUCAUUAUAGCCAUCACGGCUAGUAGCCCCUGAUGGCCUCAUCCCCCUCCUCCAGGAAUUUGUCCAGUUCUCUUUCAAAGCCAUUCAAAUUGGUAGCCAUUGCUAUCUUCUGUGGGAGCGAGUUCCAUAGUUUAACUAUGUGCUGUGUGAAGAAGGCUGGCUUUUUCUAGCCUUCCUUUCCACACUGGUUGAACUGCUGGGGUGUGAUGAAAUUUCCAUAAACAUUCCAAUUGCUGAGGGAGAAGAAUGAGUUGCAGAAUAUCAGCAGUGGUGGUGUUGAGGGGGAAUUGAAAGGCUAGUUUGGCAGAGCUGUGGGAGCAUUGCAGAAGAUCUAUAUGUUGGGAUGGAAUGGGACAGGGGGGCAAGAGGCUGUGGGGGAAUCAAAUCCAAGAGGCAGAGAUGCUUGGAGGCAGAAUAAGCAUUGAGCUGAGAAUCUGGGUUCAGAUCACAUCCUGUAAGAGAGGCAUAGGCUGGCCACUUCUUUUUGGAAAGUGCCCCUUUUCCUACCAAUGUUGAGCAGGAGGAAUGUUGUCUAUUGCUGCAUAUUUCUGCCAUUGAGAGAUUCAUCCAGUUUCAAUAGUUGGCCUUCAUAUGUGGAGGAGGCAAAGGAGGUUAGGAUUGUAUUUUGCUCUAAGUGUGAUACCUAAGCUUUCUAUGGCUGUUGUUGGUGGGAAGGUAGUAGUUUGUUUACUUGUUGAGAAUCAUGUGUUUGUGUGAAUGCGUCAAUUGUAUUAUAUAUUUUUAUUAAAUUAUGUUCUUAGAUAUGCUGUAAGUCACCUGGGGACCUAUGUGUAACAAAUGGCUAAUGUGUCAGAAGAUGAAGAAGCUUAAAGGAAGGGUGGGGUGGGGAGCAGUGCCUGAGGAGGUGUGCUGAAAUAUAGUGAAUAGUAAUACCAAGCUGGCAGGAGGUGCUAGGUUUUGUAUACAAUUCUGUAACUAUUUAUAAUUAACAUGCUAAUAGAGCUUUAUGUCUUAUAAUUAUAGAUGUCCCUUCAGCAGUGCACCAUACAAGGUGCAGGGGAGAGAGAGGUGAUGGAUGACAUCAUCUUCCGAAGUGACACUGUCCUAUCUGAUGUCCACCUACACACCCCAAGCAAAAGGCAUUUAAUGGUCAGGCUGAAUGCUGUCGGACAGCCAGGUAAUGUGCCUCUGGUGGUUGUUACUGUUACUUGCACACAAUUAUCAUAAUCCCCACUGAGAGCUUUCUUCAACAGCUCUGUGUGUGUUUUAAAGAAGUUACUACAUUAAAAGUCUUAGCUGAUCAGUAGCAAACAGCUUACCACCUCCUUGACGCAACUGGUCUCGCCACCAUCCUCUUUGGUAGAAUCCCUCCAUUUACAUUGAGGCUCUUUGGUUGUUAACAUUGCAACUAAGCAUAUCCUGUGUUUAGCAGGAAUAUCUAUCCUUUUCAGUAGACAGUGCCAUGGAUAGGGAGUGGAGCUUGCCAGAUGUAGCAGUACCUACUUCCUGGGUAGUGGAAAGGAAAGGGGCAGGGGAGGUUUCCAGAGCAAGUUAUUUGACCCUAAUCAAGGCUGAACCUGUGUGUGCCAAGUGCUAUAUAGUGGAGAUGCCACAAUUGUUUCCCAUUGGGCUCAUAUCGGGAUUGACAACUGAGGGCUCCAGGGCCAACUCUAGCACAUGCAGAUGCUAGUAAAUGGUGUGGAAGAAGCAUUAAAUGUGGCGAUAGGACUUUCUGGCUGCCUCAUUGGGGACUUGCUGCUUGGAGGCAAAUGCCCACCACUCUUCCUCCAUCCCGUAAAUCCUGUCUGAGCAGGUUUUUGGAGAAGACAAGCUGGGGAACUAAGACGUUACUAAGUACAGCAGGCACUUGACAGUGUAAGUGCAGGCAAUGUGAGGUUAGGGUACUUCAGGAAAGUUUAUCAGGUUCAGUAAAAACAGGUGGUAUAGCAAUGGGGGAAAGAGGCCAAACCAACAGUCAUAAUACAAAUAUCAGACACACCAGGAAGGACUCGGCAAAAACAGGAGAUCAUAUGCGUGACUUACGAAUGGGCAGAUGUCGGGGAAAUCUAUUUAGAGAGUAAGGAAAACUAUGGUGAUAUUCCUGCAUUCUUUGUUAUGGUUUUGAAGAUUGACUGGGCUUUGAUCACAGUGUUUGACUUCAGAUUGUUGCCUCUUAGUGUUUCUCUCACAGUUCAAAUUCCUUUUGGACAAAAGCAAUCAGAAGACUGAGAGGGAAGUGAGUGGCUUUGAAAAAGAAAACCUUAAACACCAGGACAAACGUGGAGAGGGAUUAGAUGUGGGGGAACCUGCUGAUGACCACGUUACUCUGAAAAGCACUAACAAGGAAGAAAACUCUUUGAAAGGAAUUCAAGCUUUGUUAGACAAAGAUGGGGAUUUGGAGGUCGUCCGGAAGCCUCCGUUACUUGAUGCAGAAGCUGAAGAUCUUUCAAGGGACAAAGUGUGCCCCAUCAUUUUGAUGAAAGGUGGAGAAGUCUUGGAAGAACAAGAGCAAGAAAACAAUUGCUAUGAUAUUAUUAAAAUAGGUCAGUAAUGUAGUAUAUGGAUGUGGCAUAAAAUAAUUUGCAUUUCAUAACAUGAUCCAGAAGUACUCAUUGAGAUGUGAGCAUAGAGAGCCAAUUUGUAUACUUUAUUCCUCCCUCUACACCUGCACAUAAAACCUUUUACUGGUACACCUUUUGGAUUGAAAUUGAUAGGAAAUGAUAUUCACUAAUGGCAAGCCAAGCAGUCUCAGGAAUUUCCCCAUGCCAGCUAUGUUUGGUGAGUUAAUUAGACUGUUGGGCUAGGACUGGGGAGAGAUCAGGCACAAACCCAGACUUGCUUAUAAAGCUGACUUGGCAACGUUGGGCCAACCAUUUUCUUUCAGCCUAAUCUACCUCACAGGGUUGUUGUGAGGAUAGAGGGGCAUGUGUGCUGCCUUGAGCUCCUUGGAGGAAAAGCGGGAUAUACAUUUCAUAAGUGUCCCUUCACAAAUGUGCCCUAAGGCAACAGACUAUAUCUUGUUCUUUUCUGCCUUGUUACAUUUGCCCUUAAACUUUUCCAUUAAAAACACAACAUAGAAGAGCCUGCUGAAUCAGCCCAUUGGACUAUCUAGUCCAGCAUCCUAUUCUCAGUGGCCAGCCAGAAGCCUGUGGGAAACCCAUAUGCAGAACCCAAAGACAAAAGCACUCUCCUCACUUGCAGUAUCUCAAAAACUAGCAUCCAGGGGCAUGUUUCCUCUGACAGUUGAGGUAGAAUAUAGUCAUUGUUGAAUAUAGAAUAUAUUAGAAUAUAGUAGCCAUUGAUUGCCUUAUCCUCCCUAAAUUUACUGUACGUGUAACAUGGAAAAAUGGGCCCCUUUUCAUGUUCUUCCUUUUUCAGAGCACGCCAUGGCAACCCCUUUAGAAGAUGUUGGCAAACAGGUGGGUAGCUACAUUGCCAGCCCUUCUCUUCUCCCUUGACCCUCAUGUACCAGACUGUGCUACCUUUUGCCUCCUGUCUUGAAGGUCUGGCGAGGAGCCUUCUUACUUGCAGACUACAUCCUCUCCAAUCAAGAUUUGUUUAAGGACUGCACAGUGCUGGAGCUUGGGGGCGGCACCGGAAUUGUCAGUAUCAUCAUGGCAAAGGCAGCCAAGGCCAUUUAUUGCACAGGUAUCUAUUUAGGACAGUUAUCUUUGAUGUUUGUGAUGUUGCUUUUAUUUUUAUCAGAAAGCUUGAAAGAGCAGUAAGUCAAGCUGAGUUGUUGAAAGCAGAUGAUGUUUGAGAGAAGAGACGUACCUGCCCUGUUUUUUCUAUGCUUCUUUUUCCCUCUCUUGUUUGUUUUUUUCAUUUCUUCUCAAAGUAUUACUAACAUUUGCUUCUCAAAUAUUUUAAAGAUAUUGGUGAAGAUCUCCUGGAAAUGUGUGAACGAAAUAUUGCAUUAAACAAGCACCUUACUGAGCCAGCAGGUAAAAAAGACUGCUUGUAUAUUAUUAUUGUUUAAUGGAUUUGGUUUUUUUUCUAGUUGGAUAAAAUAUCAUUCAAAUCCAAAAUACUGUCCAGACGGCCACAUGAAAUAUUUACAUGUCAAAAAGUGGCUUCUGUUCUAAACAUUUCCUUCAGCCACUUCUGCCCUACAAACCUAUUCCUCCAAUCCUAAACACAUUUAUCUAAAGAGUAAGUUCCAUUGAGCAUAGUGGAGUAAAAAAAUAGACCAAUUUCAAGUCUGCUUAUAAAAGAUCCCUCCAAAUUUAAGGAAUAAUAUUUUAAUUGUUAUUAGAAUUAUUCAGUACAGUGCUUUUGGCUUCUUUGUACAUUGUAAUAAUUUCUGUGUUGUACAUUGCCUUAGGGUGUUGCUUCUAGAAAGGUGGCUAAGAGCACAGUUUCAAUGGGUUUGGGGGCAAUGAGGACAAUCCACCACUUUUCAGGCCCAGCCUUGGUGGGAGGUGUGGACUUACCUUGUUUUCUGCUCCAUGCAGAUCUUUUAUUUUCAACCCCCAACCCCCGAUUGGUCCCAGUGAGAAGGAGGAGGAGCUACACCAGCUCUAGCCUUGCGUGGAUAUGGGUUCCCAUCCUUGGGUCUCACUGAUGAAUGAAGGGGCUGAAUCUAGGCUGUGUGUGUGUGUGUGUGUGUGUGCGCGCGCCUUCCUCCCUGUAACCGCUAGUGAAUCUAUGCCUGCAGAGCUUUCUGAGGGCCUCCACAGUGGAUAUACCCCCAUCAGCAGAACAAGCCUUUGCAUAGUCCUAACUCUCUCUAGCCAGCAAAUGCAGAGGUUAAGUUUGCUCUGAAUUACAUUUUAGAAAUACAUCAUGGGAAGGAACAAGGAAUCAUUAGCAAGACUAAUUUGGGGGAAGGCGGGUAAAGUGAGGUGGGGGCAUAAGCCUCUGCUUGUUCACUAUUAUCAAUUAUAGCAAUUUACAGUCUUCCUCUUAUUAUGACACUUUAAUGGCUUUAACCUGUCUUCUAAAGAGCAUUUGCCACUCACUUAUUUUCUUAUCAUCUUACUGACUUCCAGGAACUAAGAUUAAGGUCAGAGUGCUGGACUGGCUUAAAGAUGAGUUCUGUAUUGGUAAGUAGAUGCAUCAACUUCUUAAAAGCUUGAUUUGAUGUUCUUUCUCUAAUCUGUUGAGUUACUGUUUUCACUUACAGCCAAAUAACACCCAUGGCCUAGCUUUGAAAUAGAUGAGUAAAUGAGUUUGUUCUGAGUAUGUGCAAAAUACCGGUACAUUUCCCACGCCACUGAGUAAUCCAAAUUCUUUCUCUAACAAUAAGAAGUUCGAGAAGUGGAGAGCCAGACUUCAGGGGGUCAAGUGGUCACACUUUAAAAGAGACCACCCACAGAGCCAUUCUUGUUUUACAUGUUAUAUGGAACCAUGGGUAUCCUUUUUGUCAAGUCUGAGGAUUGCUUGCAUUAUCAGGGGUUCCUUACCCACAUUUUCGGAGCCUGAUCCAGUUCUCCAAGCAAUUUUUAGAUCGGUGGCAAAAAGGAAAUAUACACAGCACUUGGGUUGCUGGGUUUGUUAUGUAAAGCUCUAUAAAACUUGGAACAAGAAUACCUGAAAAUUGUCUCACCCCUAGUUGAUCAUUGUGCUCUGCAGCUGAGGUCGUCUGCAAGUACCAUCUUAUCAGGAUGUCCGUUCCACACAAUAUAGAAAUCGAGCCUUUAGUGUUGUGUUAUCUCCCCUUCAGAAUUUCCUCCCUUUAAAUACUAGGCAUGCACAAUUUCUGUUGUCUUUUCAGUACCUACUGAAGACCGUCCCCUUCCAGCAUAUCUCUCCUAGUCUGCAACUUUAUCGGAAUUAUUUUCAACAUGCUUUUAUUGUUUUAUUGCUUGUUGUUUGCCACUGUGGGUUCCUUUGGGAAGACCUGCUUCCUUCUUUAAACUUUCUGUACAGUGUCUAAAAAAUUAUAGUCUCCUUUAUAAUCAAAUCAAUUUGCAUAUUUUGCUGUAGAUCCUGAUCAUUCCUACAGCUGGUCUGAAGAAGAGAUUGCGGAGCUUCACGAUUUCACCACUGUGAUUCUAGCUGCUGAUGGUAAGCAAACAGAACUGGAGAGUCAAGGAUUCAUAGUGGUCGUUAAAGCCCCUGUUUUGUGUGUAUUGCGUGCUUUCAGCAAAUCUUUUCUGAUCAUUGUUUCAAGAGUCCAGUAAGACACAUCAUGGCCAUAGACAUUGAAUGAGGAAACUGACUCGGCUCAUCUAGCCCAUUGUAAAAUAUGCGCAUCAGCUGCAUCUGGAGAAACAUUUCUUGACGUGGUAAUUGAAGUGGGGGCGGGAAGGAACAUUACCCUGAAUUUAACAUGGUAAACUUGACACAAAGCCUAGAAAAAUCACAUCACAGUUCAGAGGAUUUGUAUUUUUCUGUAAUGGAAAUUGCUUUUAAUCAGCAUGGGGCACCACUGGCUUUCCCUGAACAUGCCCCCUUGAAAUAAGUAGGAGCUGUGGAGGAACUUACGCCUUUCCUUGUAUUAAGUGGGGGGCGGUCAUGCAUAAUAGAAAGGGGAAGGGCUGUGGCUUAGUGGUAGAGCAUCUGCUUUGCAUCUGCUUUACAUCCCAGGUUCAAUCCACCCUCUCCAGAUAAGGCUGAGAACAUCCCCUUAUCUAAAACCCCAGAAACCUGCUUUCAGUCAGUGUAGACAGUACUGAGCUACAUGGUCCAAUGGUCUGAUUCCAUAUGUCAGCUUCCUAUGUUCCUAACUUCUUAUGUCCCUAUAGGACCCCAGUGAAUGAUAGAAUACCUCAGAAUAUGAUAAUAUUUGCAGAUGGAAGCUAUGCCAGAUACAGUAGUGCCAUAUGCCAAUUUUAGAGGACCAGAAGUCAAAGAUUUAGAUAUUUCAUCCCCAACUGCACUCACAUUUGCAAGAUUCCAUGUCCUGGCUAUUUCCCUUCCUAAUGGAUGUUAACAAAACAAAACACUGCUGUGCCCUUGUAAUUAAGACUAUAGCCAUUCUUUUCUGAAGGCUUGGGAUGGAUAACAAAAUAUUUUUAAAAAUCAACUUUAAGAUAGAAGUGAAUGUCUCAUAUGUGAAGUCAAAAUCCAGAUGAUCCUAACCCUUUUUUAUUGCAGUAUUUUAUGAUGAUGAUCUAACAGAUGCCUUUUUCAAAACGCUGUAUCGAAUCACUGGCAACUUGAAAAACCCCUCCACCAUCUACUUGUCAAUAGAAAAGAGGUGACAUGCUUUUUACUCUUAAUUGGAAAAUAUGCCACAAUGUGAUUAAUUUGUUUUGAUUGUUGCUAAUGCUAGAAACGUUUUUCAGCUUGGAAGUGGGCAGUCUUAUUGUUUCUCAAAAAGGUUUCCAGCAUGAAGUUAUUUAGAUAUUUUUAAAUAGUUAUAUAGAUGACUGCAUUCAUAAGAGGAAGCUGUUCUUAAGAGGAUGCAGCAAACAGUCAUGGUCACCAAGUAAGCAUUUAAGUGGCUGUCAGGUAGUUUGGAUCUCCUUCAGCUAGAUCCUCUGUGGCGGAAAUUACAGCACAUCUACAAGGCUGCCGAAUACUGAAGAUCUGUUGAAAACCACUUGCUAGAUACUGAGAACCUUCCUAGACAGACAGGCGUCGCUUUUGUGCUUACCUUUGAGAGUCUAUUCUUGACCUGCCAAAGCAGACACUCAUGCUGUUGGUUAGUGAUUGGUGGAUGAACAGCCCUAAGCUGAUCUUAAGUGAAUCCACUUUCAGUUACAGCCAAUGGUACAGGGUACCAUUGUCUUUAUCUUCAGUUGAAAGAUAAAGUGGGAAGAAUGGGAUGAGAGAGAACUCUGCUGGAGAGGCAGUGCUGGUCAGGAUUGCCUAAACUUGAACUACAAUAGCUACACUGGGGAGGCAUAUCUGAUUAAAGCAGGGACCUUGAAGAGCUGAAGCUGAUAACACUUGGCAUUUAUAUUGUACUACCAGCCUUGUACCUAGUACUGUUUGGAGAUUUUGAGAAACCAAAACAUCAAUGCAAUCUUGAAAGGUUCAGCCCACCAUCUUGAUUCAAAGUGGCAUCUGUUUAUAUCCAAAUGUGGAUGAAAGCCUGCACCUUGAUCUCAGGAAGCAUGAUGCAAAAGUUAGUUAAAAUCUGUGCAGUUUUUAAAAGUUCAGUCUUUAAUGGAUGUAUCUUUUUGCAGGCUCAACUUCACCUUAAGACACAUGGAUGUUGUAUGUGAAGCAUACAAUUACUUUAGAAGCACCUUGAAUGAUCUAGAAAAUAUCAGAGAUGGCAAAAUGAGAUAUACUGUUCAGCCUGUCCAACUCUCCUUUCCUCAACAUAUUAUUUAUGAGCGGGUUGAGCAGUUGGUGGGUACCGUUUGUCUGACAAACGAUCUAAAACUUUGAGCAGUUUUUAGUUUAAUUGUAUUAAUGAGACAAAGUCAAAGACAAUUGACAAUAUCUUGCGGUUCUCUGACCGAACAUAGAAAAGUAACCAGCAGUAAGUUGUACACAUCACUUUAUUUUCCAAGGCUGCUAGUUUUCUUUGCAAACAGCUGAGGAAUGGAUGAUGAGUGGUGAAAACAGGCAUGGGGUUUUAAUAUAUGAAUUCAGUUGUUUUAUUGUUUCUUGUAAACUGCCUUGGGAACAUAAUUGAAUGGAUGCAUAAAAAUAUAUGUAACAAAGAAGCAGAAUCGCAUUAGAUUCUUCACACUUGUUUUAGUCCAAAUUUGCAGGUUUCAAAGGGCACAAUCAUUUAUUUGUACAUAUAUGCAUUAAUCUUUCACCUUACUGGAAAAGAUGUGUGCAACAUCUAAAAAAAAAAAAAGUUGCAAAAUUUACUGGGGACAAGCUGGUGGUACUUUUAAGGUUACCACAAGUACUAGCCAGUAGGUCAUCUUUUCCCUGUUCAGACUGAACCACUCUAAAAACCUGCAAGAGCUGUUGUUUCCAGAGCUCACUCUUGGAGAGACGAGUAUGUGUUUUCCGAGCAGGAGAGCUGCUGUCAUCCUACCUCUGACACUUUUAAAAUGUCACCUGUGUCUUCACUCAGAUAAAGAUGAUUUACCAUGUCAGAGGGAUUUACCGUAUUUUUCGCCCCAUAGGACGCACCGGCCCAUAAGGCGCACCUAGUUUUUUGGGGGGGGGGGGGAAGAGGAAAAAAUAUUUCUUUUUUCAUUUUUUUUUAAAUGAUAUUUAUUGAGAAUUUAAAAUUACAGAGAAAGAAAGGAAAAAACAAGAAAAAAGGAAAAAGGAAAAAAGGUAGACAAAAAGAGAAAUUAAACAAUACAAAUCAAUAAAAACAAAAGUCAAAGAAAAAACAAAACACACAAUACAUCAAAUUCAAAAAACAAAAACAAACAAAAAAUUUAAAAACAAAUCCAAUAUUGCCAAAUCUUUAUCUUUCAUUAACUUGUUUCAUCGACCUCCUCACACCUCCCUUUUUGUAUUCUAGUUAUUAAUUAUCUCAGCAAAUCCUUUCCAUCUUUCACAAUAUUCUGUCAUUAAAUUAUCUUAAUCUAUUUUAACCUUAUCUUACCAUAAAAAACCCUAAAGCUUAAAACUUAAGUCUUAUUUAUACCUAAUUCUUUUUAGCAUAACAUAUUUAUACAUAAUUCUUUUUAACAUUUCUACUAAAGCCAAAUAGUUUCAUUCCAACAUCUUUCUAAUACUCAUUAAUUUUACAAUAAUUUUCUAAAUGAAUUUUUAAAACUUUCUUCCAAUCUUCAUCCAUCGUCUCUUCUUCCUGGUCUCGGGUUUUGUCAGUCCUUUCUAUCCCAUCCAUCUAGUCCAUCAACCUGGUGACCUAUCCGAGGCUCUUAAGUCUUUUCCAUGUCCCUUCCGCAGGUCUUCUUCAUGUUUAUACCUGUACUUUACUUUGUCUUCUGCUGAUCUUAUCCUUAUUUUCCUUCCUUUCUCUCGGUGAGACUCCGAAGACUCCGACUUGACAAUAUCUUUAUCCCUUCUCAACAAGUCAGCCCAUUCUCCAUAGUCAACACUGAAAUCCAUAAGAUAUUUAAAGACAUGUUUCAAAGUCCCUCCAAGGUUAAGGGCCCCCACAACUCCAAACUCCCCCUGGCCCAAAGCCAGAUCUGAAAAGCCAAAACAUCCCUGCAUAGGGGAAUCUAUCCAGCUUCCCGUCUCCAAACCAAACAGUACUCCAUCUCUCCAAAUCUGAUUUUCUCCAGGUUCAGUCGUCAAAAACAGCAACUUAUGUUCCUGCAAGGCCGCAGCUCUCUCCAUUUCUGCUACUUGAGGUUCAGCAACAACCUCCUCCUUUAUCUUCUUCACCACUCGCUCUGUCAAAGCACAUUCCUGGAUUGAUUCCUGAAUGGUUUCUAUAUAGGUAUUCACUGUUUGUCCAAAAUUUCCAACUGCAACAGUCAUCAAAUCCAUCUUCUCAUGUAGCUGUUCCAGUAAGGCACUUGUCUUGCAAAAAACAAGCACUAAAAGCUUCUUCUGGGCACAUUCUUGUUCAAGGUCAAAGUCUGGUCUCACGCUCUUUAAUCUCUACAGCUGCAAAAUUCCCCAGAUCGACUCUAACAACAGUUUCACAAGCUCCCUCUAGAGGAAACAAUUUCUAUUUGUAUCCGUCUUUUUAAAAGCAGAUCUAGCAACAAAGUUCCUUUCGUUUUUCAGAUAUUUUGUUCCUUUUAAGUGCAAAAGGGAACAUUGGAAUCAGUAUGUUUCUCUUUUUUAACUAUCUGUCAAAAACGUUUUAUCCACAGUCAAUGAACUUCCCCAAAACGUCUGUCCUGACACCCCGCUCCCAGGUUCAAGACGGUGGAAAUUUAUCUUUCUUUACUCUCUCUUCUGCAGGUUUAAACAGUCUAAAAAGAUUCCCCCCUCUUCUCCUGCUUCCAAGGGGGGUUUAGUAAUUUUAACUGAUGGAAAUUUAGUCCUUUACAAACAACUUUCCAGACUCUAGCUUGCAAUGUCUUUGCUUCAAUCUAUUUACAAAAGCGGAAGGCGGACUUCCUGUUUAGACCUUCCCGCUUCGGUGCCAAAUUAAGAAGUUUCAUAGUCCAAUUUUCCGUUCUACUCACGGGCAGUUGUUUAAAAUCCAAUUCUCCACAGGAAAAAGUCAGCGCUCUCCGGCAACAGCAAUGCGGCUUCACUCCAUGAAAAGAGCAGUUGAUUCGAAGCACCGUGCCAUUCACCCCACGUCGCUCCAGAUCCCCAAAACUGGGUUUCCCCGCGAGUAGGGGAGGUGCAAAAGGUGCCAGCCGAAUCCCACGUCCACAGGCUUCUCCCGCCUGUGGUUUUUAGUGGGUCUCCGCCUCGCCGCUGCGGUCCAGACCCUAAUUCUCACGAAGCAGAUUCCUCCCGAUCAGAGGAAAUCCGCCAUUGCCGGAGGCGCUAACCCAGAAGUAGGGGAAAAAUUAUUUCACCCCCAGGCGCGGGGCGGGGGCGGGGGAAGCCCGAGCUUCCCCUGACCCCAGCCCCCAGAACAGGCAGCUCUCCGCAAGCCGUGGGAGCCCAGAGCCGGGCUCCCACCGCUUGUGGAGAGCUGCGUGAAGCUUGAAGCCUGGGCGCGCUGAGCUCAGCGCGCCCAGGCUUCUGAAUGCAGGCAACUCUCCGCAAGCCGUGGGAGCCCAGCGCCGGGCUCCCACCGCGUGCAGAGAGCUGCGGGAAGCUCGAAGCCUAGGCGCACUGAGCUCAGCGCGCCCAGGCUUCUGGAUGCAGGCAGCUCUCCGCAAGCCGCGGGAGAGCUGCGCGAAGUCGUGCAGCCCUCCCAGGCUUGCAGAGAGCUGUGCUAAAUCCGAAGCCUGGGGGGCGCUGAGCUCAGCGUGCCCCCAGGCUUCGGGGUGCAGGCAGCUCUCCACAAGCCGUGGGAGAGCUGUGCGACUUCACGCAGCCCUCCCACGGCUUGCAGAGAGCUUCCUGAAGCCUGGAGAGCGAGAGGGGUCGGUGCACACCGACCCCUCUCGCUUUCCAGGCUUCAGCGAAAGCCUGCAUUCGCCCCAUAGGACGCACACACAUCUCCCCUUCAUUUUUGGAGGGGAAAAAGUGCGUCCUAUAGGGCGAAAAAUACGGUACCUUGUUAGAGGCAAUAUGCUUCUGAAUGCCAGUUUCUGGGGAUCAUGAGUAAGAGAAUUUUGUUCCUCUCUUGACCUACUUUUGGGCUACCUGUAUGCAUCUGAAUAGCCACUGUAAUAACAGGACAUAGAACUAAAAUGACCUUUGGUCUGAUCCAACUGCACAGCUUUUCUUAGGCGCACAAAGUAUGACUGAGCCUGAAUGGCUGGACUAGUCCCAGUCCUUCAUUCUGCCUGCUAAGCCAGAUGAGAAAUUAGACAUUUAUUUUUUUAUUUUGCAUCUACUGAGUUAUAUCUUCUUUGUAAGAGCAAAGAAUGUGUAUCGGUGGCAAAUACAGCCGUGGCUGUACUGAGCUUCUAAACUUCAUCUUGUAGCAUUAGGUAGAUUAAGCUCUUCUUGCUUUAACUCAAAAUGCAUAAUGCCCUUAAGGUAACUCUUAAUUUAAUGGAAGCUUCUCUGUUAAGACAGUUGAUGCAUUAGUAAUGCAGUCCCAAGUUAUAAGUGUAAAGAAGGAAUACUGUUACUUUAGAAUUUAAAAUUUAAAUGCUCUGUUUUGAUUACCAUAUUCCCCAUGGCAGUUCAUCGAUUUUCAAUAUCUCUUCUCUGCCUAACAGGAGUUAUGGAAGAUUACGGCUGACAUGACCACUGAAGGAAGCACACACACACACCUCCCUGAGAGAUUGAAAACCGGACAUGAGGACUUCAGUACAGAAUAA